GAAGAAGGAGGUACAAAAAGGUACCCCACAUUUUUGCUGACUCUUUCCAAUUAAAUGAAGGGAAAUCUUAAUUUCUUAUAUUGUAAUGUUGCGAGAUAAAAUUGUCUUAUCAACAUCCUUUUCCAAUCUUUUAUUUUAAGUUUUUCUCUUUUCUUCGACAAUCCCAUUAAGAGAUACUAUGGAGUAUGAUCCUGCACAUAAAGCGUCUAGUAUAACUAGCACAACAAGUACAAGUAGUAGUAAUACAAGUUGGGAACAACUGCCUCCUUCAGCUGAAUCUACAUUGUUUUCAAUGCUUUUUAACGAUUAUAAUCAUCAUAAUAAUGAUGCACCGCCGGCCUUCACUUUGGAUACCAAUAGACUUUACCGCCAUACCCGUCCAUGAUAAAGAAAGUAUUACGGAUCCAAAGCUUUUGCAACAGCAGGCCUAUGAAGAUAGAAACAACAGCACGAUGGCGCAAUUACCAGUGUUGGCUGAUUAUUUCUGCGAUGGCUAUGGUGACAGUUUUAAAUUCCAUAGUGCGAAAGACCUUAGUACAAAAAAAGACCUUUUCACAGUCUGCAACAAUCACUGUCAAGCUGAUGUGAAGAACUUGGUCCGACACGAAAAACUGAGUACAAGUCAGGCAAUCAGCUCCCACAAAGGCACUACGAAUAAUGAAUUCACGGCAUCAUUUUCUGUUAUUCACGGUGAGCAAUUAAGUCCAUCUGCAUAUCAACCAUUCAACAGUAACGAGCACGACCAAUCAGAGAGCAAUGAAACGGGUAUUCAUGCUAUAGAAGACUCACAGCAAAAUUGCACGUCCUUUGCUAAAUCAGCGAACGCACUAAACGAAACGCAACUGAAUGCGCCUGCUUUUAUUCGCAAAGAAACAACUGCCAACAGUUCAGCUUUAGAUAGAGCUCAAAACACAACAACUCUGGAACGUAGUAUUGAGCCUAUAGUAAUCAAACUGCUUCCAACAAAACCUACUGCUCUCAGUGGAAACAAAGAAAAGAAGAUCAACAAAUUGAGCCAUAUUGCUUCCGAACAAAAACGAAGGAAUGUCAUUCGCUCAGGAUUCAAAGAUCUAACGGAUAUCAUACCAAUUCUACGCAACACUAAUAACUCGAAAAGCGCUAUCUUGUUUAAAGCAGUAGAUUACAUCAAAUACCUUGGUAAACGCAAUCAAUAUUUGCGGGAUCGGAUAGCAAGGCUACAAUUACGGUUGAGCCUUGUGAAGAAGUCGGCUAUUGUUACUGCUACUACAACAGCUUCCGCAUUUCAAAUGGAAGAUGCUCUGCUACAAGGGCAAUAUUGGCUUAACAAUGCAAGCAAUUCAUAUUGGCUUAGAAAACAACAAGCCAAACACACAGAGCAGAAUAUGCUGGCUACUGAUUCCACUAACGGACAGUUGCCAUUAGAUACAAUAGCGGCUCUGAUGGUACAUAAAAAUCAACAGAAACAGUUACAGGAGCUGCAAGAGCAGCUGCGAAUGCAACGAUAUCUGCUAAACAAGCAUCGUAUACCUAUACCGGAUAACUUUGAUAGAAAAACCGAAGCUUUGCUGACUAAUGAUGAUGAUAACUUUUCAAAAACUCAUUAUAAUUCUUAUAAAUAUGAAUCAAUUCCUAUACCAUCUCGAAGAAGUAGCGGUAGCAGCUGAAUUAACUAGGCCUGCUGUUUCAUUUCCAUCAAUAAAGCCCUUAAAUUGAAUAUAAAAGAAAAGUACUCCUUUUCCAAUAUGAAUAUGUGAUAGUUAUUUUAUCGAAUAUUUUGAGAAUCAGUAUCAAAG